UUCGCUAUGUGCGGUCGUAAAAAGGGGUACCGCAAUGACGGCCAACCCUAACAAACAAAAGUAAUAAAAGUGAAUUAGUCAAAAAAAUAUAUAGUAAAUAGCAAAAGAAAAUUCGCUUGCAACAGCGUGUGGCGUGUGACGUGCAGUGCGUCGUGUAUGUUGCAAAGAUCAAGAAUCGCAGUAUCUCUAUAACAUAACGGUAAAUAAGUAGCAAGUUGAAAGUGUGUACGCAUGUAAUUUAAGGCACUCAGUGAUUUGCUAGUUGCUGCUGUCUGUCGCAAUUGUGUUGGAAUUUGUUUUCGCAUUUUUCGGUGGCAUGCUGUUGCUGCCACAGCAGCAGUUGCGUUCUUGUUAUUAUUGUGCGAACGCUUCGGUUUCGUAUACAGCUAGCAAGCAAUUUCGCGUCGAAUUUUCGUCGUGCUAUAAUACCUAAAUAUAUACACAAACCCACACACACGCACACACAUAAGCGCAGCCAAGCGAAAUUACUAUGCAACGUGAGCGCAUCAAAGUGCAGGUGUGUCUGUGUGUGUGCAAGUAUUUGCAUUUCAUUUUCGGCCAAAUCGGGAUACACUCCAAUGCUCCACUUUCGUAAGGCGUACAGCAAAAAAACCAACAACAACAACAACAAAACACGAGCGUGCAGUGCAAAUCAGUAAAGCAAAAUUUUGAUAAAGCAGUGGCAGCAGCAAUGCAAAAAUCACAUGUAGACGUUGUGCAAAAAAUCGAAAUGCAAGCAAAAGUGUAAAUUCUAUGCAACAGCGGUGAGGUUGCAACGACUGCAAGUGUAGAAACUGCAUUGUGCCACACGCAUUGUGGCACAUCUCCGACACCCGGCACACAACGCCAACAAGCGCGUCGCUGUUUCGUUUAUGCGAUUCGUGUGCGGCGAUUCGUAAGUUCACAUGUUUGGUGUUCGUGCAACUAUUUGUGGCAUUUAAAGUUUCUGAUUCGCCAAAUUCCACGUUUCGCUGUUGGUCGCGCGUUUGCAUUUGCGUUAACGGUGUGCUCCGACUUUUGUGAUAUUUUUCUGCAAUCGUGUGUGAAAAUAUAAAUAUACAUACAUACAUACAUACAGUACAUCGGUGCGGCAACAACUCAAGCUGCAGAAAAAAUCAAAAUCUUUGGCGCAGUCAGUGAAAAAAUGUCCCAGCAUAAGCUGACGAAGAGCAAAUACAACGGUAUUAACGAUAAACCAAAAUAAGCGCCAAGCAACCGAAGAAUUUACACUCGAGAUUAAAUUGAAUUAGGAAAUACCCUAGAAACCAACAAUUUACUCCAAUCUGGCAAUGUCUGUGCACACCAACACAUGUCGAAAUAUUAACAAAUGGAGCUGAUAUUGGCUAAAGCAUUAAAUUCGCAGACAUUAAACACGAAACACUUUAAAAAUUAAUAAAUUCGCGACAAGUGCUAAACCAAAUUCAUAAAAUGAACGACAAACUACAACAAAAAUGCAUUCUAAAUACAAUAGUAGCAACAACAGCACAACAUUGUGGCGCAGCAGGACGCGUGUGUUAAUAAUUUAAACACAGUUUCCUGUUAAUUUCGAAAUGCCUCUAAUUUGAAUUGAUAAUUCAGAUAGCGGCGGAACAGCAACGAGCGGCUAAACACACAAAUACAACGACGGCAAACAGCACACAAGCGCACACACAACCGCCAGUCGGCAAACACUCGGUAUCCGAACCCGCACACACAUACACACACAGAUUUAAAUUCGAAAAAUAAAAAUUUUCGAUUUCGUAAUGGACAAACGUGCUAAAUGCAAGCGGUCAAGCGUGGAAAUUUGAUGUGAUUACCGCGUCUGAAUGCGAAUGCAAAUGCAAUAAAUGCAAAAACAAAUAAAUUGCAAAUUGCAACAACAACUGCAACAUGAAUGUAACCACAAAGUGGUCGGCAUAGCGCAUUUUCAACUAAAAGCCAUAAUUAUAUAUUAAUAAUAAUAAUAACAAGGACAACAGCUGCAACUAAUACCAGCUUAGUUUGACAACACUAUACACACACAUACAUAUACACAUAUUUAUACAUACACAAAUAUAGAAUAUAAAAUGUUUAAAGCCAUUUUAAGCUCGGGCAUAAAAAUCGAACGCAUCAAAAUGUCAGCAAAACCGAAACUAUGGGAGCGCUGGCUGUACAAAUCAAGUAUGGACUAUACGAGCUUGGGUUGUUGUACGCUGGCUUUUGUGCUGUAUCUGAAUACCCUGAAUGCCGGAUUUGUUUACGAUGACAGACGCGCCAUACUGGCCAACACUGAUGUCUCCGGCCAUACGCCUUGGCAGAGUAUCUUCCAACAUGAUUACUGGGGUACACCGCUCACCGAUGCCGGCUCGCACGGCUCCUACCGACCACUGUGCGUGCUCAGUUUUCGUUUCAACUUCCUGCUGGGCGGCUAUACACCUUGGGGCUUUCAUCUCAUCAAUAAUCUGAUGCACUGUUUGGCCACUGGUUUGGUCGUGAAGUUGGCGCGUUACUUCCUAAACUCCGUUUGGGGUGUGCUGGCGACGGGCGCCAUCUUUGCGGCGCAUCCCAUACACACCGAGGCUGUGACGGGUAUUGUGGGCCGCGCUGACCUAGCGGCCUGCAUUUUCUACUUGCUGACAUAUCUAAUGUAUAUGCGGCACAUAGUGUGGCGUGAACGUGGCGAGUCGCGACAGUGGUGGGCGCUAAUACUCACGCUGGUAUUAUCACUUGUAGCUUUACUUUUCAAGGAGACGGCGAUUACGGCGCUGCUGGUAUGCGCCAUAUUCGACAGCUUACGUGGGCUGUGCGGCUUUCGCGACAAGCACCGCAUGCGCACGCUCUGCAUACUGGCCGUGUCGCUUAUGUGCAUCGUCUAUUGGCGUCUCCUAGUGCUUCCGCGUCCGCAAACCGCCUUCUCAACAGCUGACAAUCCAAUCGCGAAAAUGCCUUCGAUGUGGACACGCUUCCUGACCUUCCUCUACCUGCCCGUCUUCAAUUUCAGUCUACUGCUGAGUCCGCGUGUGCUCAGCUUCGACUGGGGCAUGGACGCCAUACCGCGCAUAACCUCAAUACGUGAUGAACGCAAUCUACUUAGCUUUGCUUUCUACAGCACGCUGGCCGCACUGGCCUUCAAGUGCUUUAAAUAUUUGUGGCGGCGACGCGCCGAGCGCAUCGCAAAAGAGCAACGCCAUGCACAACAACAACAGCAGCAACUGCGCAAGUCACGUUCGAAAAAGAAGUAUCGCAUACCGGACAUAACGGCCGCGGCAUUGGAUUCAAAUUCGACAUACAGCUUACUAGAUGCAACAGCGUUAAGCCGCGCGCCUUACAGCGCCGCAACCAGUACAACAACGACGACGAUGCAGUCACUGUUACAGCCCGAGGCGUUGCCGAACUCGGCACACCUGCCGUGCCAUUGCCACGAUUGUAAGCAGGAGCUUAGCUCUGCGCAUCAUACCGCUACGUGUCGCGCGCUCAAUAAUAAUAACAAUAACAAUGUGCAGUGGCUGAAUACGAACGCGUUCAGCGAUUGUUGUUGCCAUCAGUUAUUUCAGUCUUCCAGUGGCGCGCCACAUCUGCUGGCGGUGGCGUUGCGUAAAGCGCUCAUGGCGGUGGUGCCGCGCUCAUCGCGCAGCAGUAGUCGCUGCAGCAGCAGCACGACGGCCAGCAACAACAGCUCCGGCAGCAAUACCUCCAGUAGUAGCAACUGCAGCAGCGCUUCAGCAAUGCAGGCGACAGAUCAACAGCGCGCACGUCUAACAGCGUCACCUACUGCGUUAACACCGCGCGCCGCGCAGCAUACCAACAACGCGUGUAUACUGUUGAUGGCUUUGUCAUUUCUAACGCUGCCGUUUAUACCCGCUACGAAUUUAUUCUUCUACGUCGGUUUCGUGGUUGCCGAACGCUUACUUUACUUGCCCAGUGUCGGCUAUUGCCUAUUGGCUGGCUAUGGUAUUGGCAAGCUGAUGGAGCGCGUACGCUCGCCGGCCGCACGCAAGCGUAAGGUGGCGCUGAUACUCGGUUUCAGCCUACUAUUGAGCGUGCUCGGCGCUCGUACGGUGCAGCGCAACUACGACUGGUACGACGAGGAGAGCCUCUUUCGUAGCGCGGUGCAAGUGAAUCCACCAAAAGCUCUUGGCAACUUAGGAAGUGUACUUAGCUCUCAAGGACGUUAUGAAGAAGCACAGGAAGCGCUGAUUGAGGCGAUUAAGCAUAGACCGAAUAUGGCGGAUGUGCAUUUCAAUUUGGGAAUUUUAUAUCAAAAUCAACAAAACCACAAGGCUGCGGUGGAGUGCUUUCGAAAAGCGAUACAAUUUCGACCAAAUUUAGCAGUGGCAUUCCUAAAUUUGGGCGCCUCACUUAUCGCUCUUGGCAGAUGUCGCGAGGCGGCACAAAUCCUGAAGGAGGGCACCCAGCUGCACGGCACCGGCGUACGUGAUCGCACAGCACAUGACAAUGCACGCAUCUCGUCCUACCUGCAGCUGGGCGCGCUCUACGCCGAGCAAGGUAAGCUGCAACGCGCGCUCGCCGUUUACCGCGAAGCGCUGCAUGCGCUGCCCUCGACGUACUAUCAGCGCGACGUACUUUAUAACCGCAUCGGUGACGUUUUCGGACGCCUGCAGCAAUGGAACGAAGCGGAGCGCUAUCACUAUGCGGCGCUGCAGUUGCAACCCAAUCAAGUGGCGGCGCAUCUCUCGUACGGCAUAACGCUGGCGCGCAAUAGCAGCCGCGCCGCUGAAGCGGAAGUGUGGUUUAAGCGCGCUUUGCAGUUGGCGCCACAGCAGUCGAGCGCGCAUCACUAUUACGCGGAGUUCCUCACCUCCCAAUCACGCAGUGAAGAAGCGAUCUUUUAUCGCAUACGCGCCGCUGAGCUCGCGCCUGACGACUAUGCCUUGGUGGUGGCAGCCGCCACGGCGUUGCGCCUAUCCGAACGCAAAGCGGAAGCGGAAAGCUGGUACCGCAAGGCGGUAGCGAUGCGUCCGAACGACGCGCAUGCGCACACCAAUCUGGGCGCCAUACUACAUCUGCUGGGACGCACCAAGCACGCGGCCCACAGUUACCAAGAAGCCUUACGCUUGCAGCCUGGCGACCCGACAACACUCGGCAAUCUCGCCAAACUGGGCGUCAUCGAACCCAAAUGAGUGCAUUAGCAUGCGGCCAAGCAUGCGCCCGUUAAGCAGCUCACUGCAGUGUGUCUCCGGCGUGCCGCUGUAACAACGCGCGCCGUAAAGCAGACAACGCUUUGUAAAAUGUGUAAGAAACGGCUGCGGCAGGAAGCAAAUGUUUUGAAGAAAGUUUUCCGUUUACAUUCACUUUGUUGACACUAAGAGAGAGCAUUCUAAUAUUUUUGUAAAGCUAAAUACUAAUUAAUUACAUAUACAUAUACAUACAUACAUACAUAAGUAACAAUAAAAAUGGACUUGAAAAUGCAACAAAGUAUCAAUAACCAGUACCAAACCAAACAGGAACUUAAUGAAUACAGUUAUAACAUAUAAAUAAAACAAGAGAGAGAGGGUGAAAGAGAGAGCGGGCGUGUAGUAAAAUACAAAAACAUAUUUACAUACAAGUACAUAAUGUAGUUUAGCCGCUUGUAAAUAACAGCUACUUAUACAAAUGUAAAAAAAUUAUGUAUUUAUGUAUAAAAAAGGCGAAAAUUCAAAUUGAAAUUACAACAAAAACAAAGA